AUGCCGAACACAUCUUGCACCCAGGAGAGAAAGGAGAAGGGGAGCGAGAAGGUUGCGAAGAAGGAGAAGGAGCCUGAAGUGAAGCAACUGGCACCAGGCUUCAAGGAAGGAGAGAAGGUCAUCCCCUUCGCGGAAGUGCAGAAGCACGAUUCCAUCGACAAGGGCAUCUGGGUGACGUACCGCGACGGCGUCUACGACAUCACCAAGUUCGUGCAGAACCACCCAGGCGGGCUAGAGCGAAUUCUCAAGGCAGCAGGGGGCCAGAUCGACCCCUUCUGGGCGAUGUAUGCUCAACACAACGUCGCGAGCGUGAAGGACAUCUUGGGCGAGUACCGAAUAGGCCACCUGAGUCAGGAUGAGUAUGCGAACCUUCCGCCACCUUUCGACCCCUACCAGACGGACCCGAAGCGGGACCCGGAGCUCGUCGUCCAAGCGGCCAAGCCCUUCAACGCCGAGACGCCUUUGCGGGUCCUGGCGGAGCAGGAAUAUCUGACCCCGAACGACAAAUUCUUCGUGCGGAAUCACCUGCCCGUCCCUUCAGGUUCCCUGAUCGACCCCUCCACCUACGCCCUGGAGAUCGUGAAAGGCGAGGACGAGGAUCCGGUGAAACUCACCUUGAAGGACUUGCAGGACGAGACGCGCUUCAAGCGCAAGAAGAUCUGUGCGAUCAUCCAAUGCUCGGGCAAUCGCCGAGAGGAUCAGAACUCGGUGGCGCAGGUGGAGGGCCUGACGUGGUACACCGGUGCUAUCUCCUGUGCUGAGUGGGAGGGGGUAGCCCUGAAGGACGUCCUGGACUCCGUCGGAGUGCCAUCCACCUUGGGCAUGGAGAGUGAGCUCGAGGGUGAAGAUGACCAACUGCAUCUCCAGAUGGAGGGAAUGGAUCGGCCAAAGGUGGGCGAAUGGCGAGAUACGAAGGGCUUCUAUGGGGCGAGCAUUCCCCUGGCCUGGGCGCAGGAUCCUCGCCGUGACGUGCUCCUGGCCUUCAAAAUGAACGGCGAGCCUAUCCCCGCCGAUCACGGCGCACCCCUGCGCUGCGUCGUCCCUGGCGUGGCCGGUGCACGCAGCGUGAAGUGGCUCUCGAAGUUGAUCGUGGCUGAGGAGGAAUCGCAGAGCCACUGGCAGCAGAACGACUACAAGGCCUUCUGCUCCUCCAUUACUUGGGACACAGCGGACUUCUCAAGCCUUCCUGCUAUUCAGGACAUGCCCGUGAACUCUGCGAUCUCCUCGCCACCCGCGAAGUCGCUAGUGGAGCUGACAUCCGAUGGCUGCACCUGG